ACUAUGAAUGCUGUUUACCGUGGUACCUAUUUGUCUCCUUGAUCCUCUCUGGUAUAGACCAAGUUCAUUAAGCACAGUCAUUUCUCAUUAGUAUUAUUCGUCUUGAUCAGCAACAAUGUGAAUAUAAAUUGCGAAGAAAGAAUGUCAGAAGACGCAGCCACCCGCGAGGCCACCAAUUACCGUCAAGCAUAUUCAACAUUCAGGGAGGGGAAAUGGUUACCAUUAUGCAGGUAAUCGAUCAUGGAAUUCAAUCGAUGACAAACAAGAGAAGUACCCUAAUGAUAUUCCAUCUAAUAAAACAUCAAGCAAUAUCCAACUAGAAAAGGAUGCUGGAUGUUAACUCUUAGAGGAAUCUUGACUUCUCAGCAACCGUGAGCCCAGGCAUGCCGCUUCCUGCUAAAAUCUGUGCCGAAACCAUUGCAGCUCUGCACUUUCUUCAUCCUAUCCCUAGCGAGCCGUUUUCAAAUCCAGUGACGAGCAUUCAAUGUCGAAAGGAUGAUUAUACCUUAUCUUUCGAAAAGGAGCGCAGCCUUUGUAGCACACUCGCUUUUCUUGCGUAUGCAAAGGAUGAUAAUAACAAUAUCCCAGCAGUAUGUUUGGAAGAGGGUACUGGUGCCGCAUAUUUGAACGUUCUGCUUGCCAUAAACAAAUUCGGGCACGACGGAGGAAACCAGGCUCUUGAGAGACUGAAGGCGGAAUUUGAGAGUAUUUUUUCUCUCCUCGCUCAUGCGGACGGUACCACAUUGGCCGUAGAAAAUGAUGUUUUUAGAGCCAUCGUUUCUAUGUGCUCAGCUCGGAUCCUCUACCGGUUAAGUCUUAUUCGAAGUCACAAAAGACGUCAAAAGCGGUCAAUUAAAGAAGGCCUCCAAGUUACCUUGGAAUAUCUCAAGCAGAACGUAAUCCGCAAACACGAACCUUCAUCCCCUCUGUAUUCAUUUAUCGACAGGGCAAAAGAUGUACUAAGGCUCAUCGAUUCUUGGGACAAGCAUCAGACGCAGCCUGAGUUAGAGGAACUGGUUGAUGGUAUUCGUCAUCUUCGGCAAGUUAAAAGCUUUUAUGCUUUCAUCAACAGCAUACCUGACCGAGACAUGGAGUCGGACUCGAAGGCUCGUCUCAUAAACACGAUAAGUAAAGUCGCGCGAUACCGUGAGGCAGCAAGGUCGCUAUACCGUGCAGCUAAAAAGAUCCCUCUUGUUCGGAAUAUGCAUCUCGUUAUUAUUCAGUUACCCCAAAAGGUAUUCGAUAAAGAUUUAGGCAGUGACUAUACGUCGAACCUUGGAGAUUCCCUCCCAGUAAUAGGCAAGCUUAAGAAGAAAAAAUAUCUGGAGCAAGUCUGUGAUUUGUUAAACACCACCAAGGAACAAGCAAAUAACCGAUUUAUUGAACAAACACGGAAGACCUUGCAGGAGGCGAGAAUCCAUGCCGAAAUCCAGCUCCUUUAUUACUGCGAGUUCUAUAUGUCGCCUAAUGCGCACAUGCCUCGAGUUGUGUGCUCAAGCAAGGAUGCCUGUUGGCUAUGUAACGAGUUCAUUCUCACGUACGAGAAGAUCCACACACCUAAAUGCCAUGGGAAGAUAUAUCCGGGGUGGCGACUACCGGCAUCGUGCGGGCCCGAGUGCCACGAUUUGGCGACGAGAUACAACAUUCGGCUUCAAGGCCAUGUCAGGAACGGCCUGGAAACAUUAUUUGCGAGAAGGGAGAAAACUGUGUAUACUGGUCCGAACGAGAGCACCUUACUCACAUUACCUUGGUCGUCCUCGACUUUGCCCACUAUGACAUCUUCCCCUUUAGACGCAUUAGAAACUUCAAGUACCAUAAACAAGGAUCAGCAAAAGAUUGAACUUCCUUCCGAAAGAGCAUCAACUCAUGAGUCUAUACUAGUCGAUGAUGAGGGGAGUAAGAAAAUACCGGUAGAGAUGGAAGAAAUAGUACAUGAAGAUUCUUCCCAUUUCAGCAGAGGAAGCAGUAGCAUUCCGGAAAGCCUGGACAAAAUAAGCACACCAAUGGCUUCGAGCCCUUCGGAGAGCAAUUUGACACUCGAGCUAGGUAAGGUCAGGUCAAAACAGGUUGAGAUCGGAAAGACUUCUUCACUAUACAAAGCAGGUCCCCUAGAAGUACAGAUUGAAUAUGCCGAGAAUUCAAACCCAGAGUCGCGAUGUGGGUCCCAGAAGAAACUCUCAUAUGCUGUAGAGUGGUUGACGUUUGAGGAGGCCGAAAGACUGCGAAAUGGACGAGACGAUCUUAUUAUUGAUGCGGGAUUACUUGAAGGCGAAAUAGAGCACAAUACGGACGGAGAUGGGUGUGUAUACAUUUCCAACGGCGAUGCCGUGGUGAAGAUCUUCAUGCGGCCGGUGGCUAUGGAGUAACGACAUGUCACCCAUCCCAUAUAGUAGCUACACUAUGAUUUUUUCGGUCACGAGGUUACCUGCCUAAGACAUCCAAGGAUUGCUUCACAGAUCACCUUGUAAAAUGGGGAGCAGGUAGUGUGCUAGUUGUUUUGCAAAGGUGUACCUAUAACUGUUAGGAAGGACCGGUAUAAUAAUCUGUAGAUAGCACCACGAUUCGUAAC